GCAUCGCACGCGGCAAGUUUUAUAAACAAUAAAGCAUGUUGGCAAAUGUUUGUGAAAAAAAUUAUGCGGCCGAAGCACGCUACACAAACUUCUACGCUGGCGGCGACAUCGCUUGGAGCGUCGAUGGAGAACGACUUUAUUGUCUAAACGGUGAUGUCGUCCACGAGGUGGAUGUGGAAACAUCUACAAUAACAAACAGCUUUGGUGUAAAUGUCGGCAGUGGUUCUACCGCCGAUAAUAACAAAAGCAGCAGACAAAACUCUGAUACUGAUGGAAUAGAGGACACAAUUUAUUGUUUUUCCUUGUCCAGUGAACAUUUAGUGACUGCACAUCGCAGUGGUCUGCUACGCUUAUGGCAGUUGAGCACUGGCAAGAUGCUAAAGCUGUGGAAAGCUCAGCACAAGGGGCCUGUCGUUAAAAUACAAUUCAGUCCAUGCGGCAAGCUUAUCUGCAGCAGCGGCGGAGCGGACUCAACCUUGCGUGUUUGGGAUUUUGGCAACAGCAGCUGCUUGUGCGCUCUGAAAGAUUUUGCUGGACCAGCUCUGCUAUUGCGAUUUCAUCCAAAUGUUUUGGUACGCGAACUGUAUGCCGUAGGCGCCGAUAACACAGUCUACUGCUGGAAUUUUGAGACCAAGAACCUGAUUCGAAAAAUGCGUGGACAUCUCUCGCAGGUAACUGGCCUAAGCUUCCAGACAGCGGCAGCUGAUUGUAAGCAAAUGGUGAGCGUUAGCCGGGACAAAGUGCUUAUCGUUUGGCGAUUGGACGAGCAGUUUGAAGCCCAUCAAUUAAAGGUUUUGCCGUUGUACGAAGAGCUCGAAGGCGUGACACACAUCGCUAACGGUGGCCAACUACUGGUGGCCAGUGCAAGCGGCAAGAUCCAACAAAUCGACACAAAUACAUGGAAAAUAAAAGAGUUACUAAAGCAGAUGGAAUUCGAGGUUACUCGCCUAUUACACUGCAUUCAAACAGACCAGCUGGCCUUAGUAACAACGGAGCAGAACAUUUUAAUCUACAACGUGCUUACGGCGGACGAGGCAGUUACGGGAAUUGAGGCUUUUAAACAACUGAUAGGAUACAACGAUGAGAUACUAGAUAUGUGUUUUCUAGGCGACAACGACCGCUAUCUGGCUGUAGCCACAAACAGCAAGCACUUCAAGCUUUAUGACACAAAUCACAAUAUGAAUUGCAAACUAAUUGCCGGGCAUACAGACACGGUUAUGACUCUGGCUGCAUCGAACAAUCUGCUGAUUUCAGCCGGCAAGGAUUGUAGCCUACGACUGUGGAAAUUGUCGCAUGAGACAGACUUCACGUUGCUUGAAGUAACCCAACAAAAAAGUUGCCACACAGCCACUAUUGGUUGCAUUGCAUUUACGCACCACGGCGCCAACGGGUUCGCCUCAGUCUGCCAGGAUGGCAGCAUGAAGGUGUGGCAGCUAUCGCGUGACCAGCAAGAUCGCACUACUUACAUCAUCACUCUUCGAUAUGCAGUACACGCCCACGAUAAGGAAGUGAACUGUGUCUGUUAUGCGCUCAACAAUAAGAUUGUGGCAACUGCCUCGCAGGACAAAACUGCGAAACUGUGGAGUGCCGACUCCAAUGCGCUGCUUGGGGUGCUGCGGGGACAUACACGUGGCGUAUGGUGUGUGCGUUUCUCGCCCGUGGACCAAGUUGUGCUCACAUCAUCGUCAGAUUGCAGCCUCCGCAUCUGGUCCAUAGCCAACUUUAGUUGUCUCAAACGUUUGGAGCAAGAGUGCACAAUAUUACGGGCCGAGUUUCUAGAUCACGGCAAGUUCAUUUUGUCCGCUGCCUCGGACGGCCUUCUUAAGAUAUGGAACAUUAAGACCAACACCUGCGUACAGUCAAUCGAUGAGCACAGCGAUCGCGUGUGGACUUUGGCCGUGUCCUCCUGUACCAACCGCUAUUUUUAUACUGGGGGCGCCGAUUCCAAGCUGAUUAAAUUUAAUGACGUCACAGAGACGACCCGAAAUCAGACUCUCGAUAUACGACAAGCCAACCUAGAACAGGAGCAGACGCUGCAGUCAUUGCUGCACGCACAGAAACAACUCCAUAAAGCAUUUGUUUUGGCGCUGACACUAGGUAGGCCGAAGGCCUCAUAUGAUGUCAUUAGCCAUUUUGUUCGAAAACGGGAUGAGGCGGCUGUGCAGAACCUUGUGGACCAGCUUAAUAUUGAUCAACGUGUGACGCUUUUAGAGCAUGUGAAAGCUUGGAGCACCAAUUCACGCCACUCACGAGUCGCGAAUCUGAUACUGCAGCAUCUGUUAGGCAAGGCUAUGCUGAAUCCCUUGGCAAACUUUUACAAUCACGGCAACAUGAUCGAGGUCCUAACGCCUUAUGUACAACGACAUUUUAAGCGAGUGACUGAACUAAAUAGGGAGCUAGCAUUUUUGGAGUUCAUUGUCAAGUGCAUGUGAUUAAUUAAUUCAAUUUGCGCCUUGGGUUGUUUUCCAGUUAUACUUACAGUAAAAUGACAGAUUUUUUAUGGGGAACUGCCAGUUUAAUGCCAAUUUCGUUAAAGUAACUGGCAUAAGAUUUUAUUACGUAUUUGAAUAUAUGUAGCUUUAAUAGAAAUAAUAAACUGAAUUGCAAA